UCAACAUUGGUUUUUCUUAGGUUAUGUGGUGUUUCAUUCAAUUUUUAGUGUUCGAAUAUGGAGUUAAUUUUUGUAAAAUCGAUAAAGUUAAUAUUAGAUUCGUCAUCUGAGGAAAGCCUAAGUGAGUCUGAUAACUCUGACGACUCUGAAGAAUUAGAGUUGUUCUAUCUAAAUAAAGAACAGCUUAAGAUACAUUUGGACCGUUCUUAUAUUCAACACUUUGACAAUCGGUAAGUCAUCGAGUACAUCGUAUCAAAUCUCGGAUGGAUAGAAUGAAAUAUGGAUGAAUAAUAAUAAAAGAGGUUAUGUUGUUACUAACUGGCAUAAGCUGUAAUCACGAAUAUACUUUGUGGCUGUAAUCCUUGUAAAUAAAUUAAUAAAUAUGGAAAAUCAAUCAGAGCAUGGAAGAAUAAUUACUGAAUAUUUAACAUAUAACGGUCUUACGUUUCCGGUAAAUGUCGAUUAUGAAACGUACACAGAAAUAGUAACUGAUUCUAAUAUCAGAGAGAGCUAUGCAAAGCAAUUGUAUCAACAAAUAUAUGGAAAUGUUAGCCAAGAAAAUAACUCGUGCACACCUGUAUCUGAUAAUAAAAGUACGUUGCAGUUACAGAAUGAUAAAGAUUUUAAAUGGAGUGAUAAAUUAAUUCGCUGUUUAUUGCAGAGUAGAUUAAGUAAAGAGAAAGAGUUUUCUCGACCAACUUGCAAAAAAAUUAAAUUAUGGCGACAAAUUGCUGACGAAAUGAAUAAAACUUGUGGUAUAAACCUUAGUGGAGCUACUUGCGAUAUAAAAUAUCGUAAUUUGUUGGCCACUUAUAGAAAAAAUAAACAAAAAAGAAAUUCGACAGGGGAAAGUCCCAUAAAAUGGGAAUACUUUGAUGUAAUGGACGAGGUACUUGGUGCAAAGGCAUCAAGUUGUCCACCAAAACAGAAUAUAUCUGACAGUAUGGAACUGGAACAUGAUAAUGAAGUAGAAACAAAUAUUUCUGAACAAGAAAACGUAGAUUUUACUAUAGAUGAAUUAGAAACGACAAAACAGAGUGAAUCAAAAGAAAAAUCAAUAAAAAAGAAAAAAACAGGGGUUUCCUUCCAAUCUUAUUUAUAUACGAAAUUAAAAAAUGAGGAAAAACUAGAAAGAGACAAGAAAGUUAAGGAAGAGGAAAAACAAAGAAAAGACCAAGAAAGAUGGGAAGAAAAGAUGAAAUUGAAAGAAAAAGAAAUCGAAGCAAUAUUAACAUUGGCAAAAGCUAUAGCUGAGAAAAAAUAAAUACACAGUCAGUAUAGGCGAGAUGUUACAUCAGAAAGAUAUUUAUUUAAGGUCAUUAUUCAGAGAAUUUUUUUCCUAAAGCAUUUAAUUACUAAGUUUCAAUAAAUAGAUAUUCUUCCUUAAGUAAUGAAUGUAUGUAUCGCCUGUACAUGAAUGUAAAUGUAAAAUGUAUUCACCUUAUUUUAUUUCUUUGAGCAAAAAAUACACCAAAGAAUCGGCUGUUACUUUAUUGGUAAGAAUUGUUUAUUUAUUUUUAGGAACAUAAGAUACAAUUAUUUUGGU